CGGAAAUCGAGACAUCUAAUUAAGAAAGAUUUAGGAGAUUGGUGGGUCAAAGAGCACACAUUGUCUUGAGGCAAUUCCAUGUGCCCACAUGACAUUGCUCUGCUCAUAAUGCUCUCUUCUCUUCCCCCUUCUUCCAUACAAACAUAUUACACCACAAACUCUACUCUUCUCUCUUUACACUACAUACCCCCAACAAGCCCUCCUUGUUCUUCUUCUUUUUCAAUUCUUCUACUGUGAAACUACUAAAAAUCCAAUCUUUACAACUUUGCAGAAGCAAAAAUGGAGAAGGGCAGUGAUGGGUUUGUGAGAGCAGAUCAGAUUGAUUUGAAGAGCUUGGAUGAACAACUUGAAAGGCAUCUUAUCAGAGCAAGAACUAUGGACAAGGAUAAGAAUAAGAAGAAACCACAAGAUGAUUCUUCCAUUAACUACAACAUUUCUAUUGCUACAGUGGCCAACCACCCCACCACCCCCAACCCCAACCCCAACCUCUCUCUGUUUAGCUCAUCUGUUCCUAGGCAAAGAUAUGAGUGGGAAAUUGACCCUUCAAAGCUCAUCAUCAAAACUGUUCUUGCUCGUGGAACCUUUGGUACUGUCCACCGUGGCGUUUAUGAUGGUCAAGAUGUUGCUGUUAAACUUCUGGACUGGGGGGAAGAGGGACACAGAACAGAAGCUGAAAUAGCAUCACUAAGGGCAGCUUUUACUCAAGAAGUUUCAGUGUGGCAUAAACUUGACCAUCCUAAUGUAACCAAGUUCAUCGGAGCGACCAUGGGAGCUUCUGGUCUAAAUAUACAAACAGAAAAUGGUCAUAUUGGCAUGCCUAGUAAUAUAUGUUGUGUUGUUGUGGAAUAUCUUCCGGGCGGUGCCUUAAAAUCUUACCUUAUCAAGAACAGAAGAAAGAAGCUAGCAUUUAAAGUUGUAGUGCAGAUUGCACUUGAUUUGGCCAGAGGGUUAAGUUACCUUCAUACUCAGAAGAUUGUGCACAGAGAUGUCAAGACAGAGAAUAUGCUGUUGGACAAGACACGUACUGUAAAGAUUGCAGACUUUGGGGUUGCACGAGUUGAGGCCUCUAAUCCUAAUGACAUGACGGGGGAGACAGGAACCCUUGGCUAUAUGGCUCCUGAGGUUCUCAAUGGCAACCCCUACAACAGGAAAUGCGAUGUGUAUAGUUUUGGCAUAUGUUUGUGGGAGAUAUACUGCUGUGACAUGCCAUAUCCUGAUCUCAGUUUCUCAGAAGUGACUUCAGCCGUGGUUCGCCAGAAUUUGAGGCCAGAAAUACCAAGAUGUUGCCCAAGUUCCCUAGCUAAUGUGAUGAAACGAUGCUGGGACGCUAAUCCUGAUAAGCGACCUGAGAUGGAUGAGGUAGUAUCCAUGAUAGAGGCUAUUGACACAUCCAAAGGCGGGGGAAUGAUCCCUGUUGAUCAACAACAGGGCUGUUUCUGUUUCCGGAAGCAUCGUGGACCUUGAACACUCAGGAUCCGUGCAGCUUUACAUAUAAAGAAGUAGGUUAAUUCUAUCUCAACUACCAAAUAUUUCAGAGUCCUGAACUUAUAUACAGUACCAGAUUCUCCUGGUGAUUGUGGAUAUUGGCUGGCAAAUUGCGCUGCAUUUCUCAAUUAGAUGGUGUAAAGCUUAUACCUUUCUUUUCAUUUUCUUCAUUUCACUUGUAGUUGUUUGAUUUUACUUCUUUUAAAUAUAUAAUCUUCCCCAAUAUUUGACAUUGGUGGUUUGGAUUUCAAAUGAACUUCCACCUUCUCCUAUGUAUGAUUUACACAAGGAUAAUAGUCAAAACAAAAUGAGGGAAUUUGCAGCUUCUUGUAACAUUUCAAGUGAUGCAACCAAAUAUUAGUCCAUCUUA